AUGACUACAAACACAUACAGCUCCUGCUUUAUAUGUGCGUUUGAAUCUGCUAAUAAAACAGCAGGAAUUCUUGAAGGAGGGAUUAUAGUCGAUACACCAACCACUGUCAACAAUGAUGUCGUAUCAACUACGGACAAUGGUUCAUUAACAAGCUCCACUAUUCAAGUAGAUCUAACCGAUAGACCAGAAAGUGAACGAGUUGCGACGCGUAAGACACCAGGUGUCAAAGCUUCAAACGGAGAAGAAGAGGAACUUGAUAGUGAAACAACAGAAAGCGACGGCGGAGGGCAGACAACACUGCCACAAAUAACACUUAUUGGAAGAGAUGCAUCCGAGUCAGCCGAUGAAACAAGUGACACUACCGAUGUAAGUGUAACAACUAUAAAUGACGUAACUACCGAAGCAACAGGAGAAACUGCUGUUAAUGGUGAAUCGACUGUCACGGGAUCAACAAGUGAUGCAGAAGCUGUUUCAACAGCUACAGAAAAUGCAGUUACAGGGGAUACAAGUGAAGGAAUAUCGACAACACUAGAAGUCAGUGAAGAAACAAGUGCAGGAACUGGCACUACUUUGGAGACAUCAACAUUAGAUCUAACUUCUAUAACUGAAGAUGUUACAUCUGGAACAGGCAGUACAGAUGAAUUUGGAACUGACAUGAGUACAGAACCUGGAAAUGGUCAUCAUACGACAGAUGACAUGGACUCAACAGAUAAUGGAACUACUUCAACAGAUUUUACGUCAACAGAUUUCACAAUAGAUACAAGCGAGGACGAUGCUAACGUGACAACAACCACGCACAGAACGUUAUUAACAACAACAACUGAAGUGGUAGAAUAUUACGAUGAGGACGAGGACAAUCCUAUUAAAGAUGACGACUCAAAGCCUGUACAGCCAAUAACGACAUCGACAAGUACUACAACAACUUCUAUAAAAAAAAUGCCGACAACAACACAUAUGCGUAAGCCCGAAAAAGGAGAAGGUGAUGGUGAUGAUGAUGAUGAUGCUGAUAAUGAUGUUGAUGAUGAUGAUAAUAAAGCGGUGGACGAGGAAUCAACAUUGUGCUCGCAUAAACCACCAUUACAACUGAAGUUGACACAGAAACAACAGGCAAUUAGAAAAAAUUGUAAGUUUGAUGAAUUUUUAUGUUAUGAUGAGACAGAAUGUAUAAGUCGAUUGAAAUUAUGUGAUAGAAAUUAUGAUUGUAAAGAUAAAUCAGAUGAAACAAAUUCAAUGUGUGACGGCAUCGAUUAUGAUGAAAAUGAAACGUUUGUUGUUGAACUUUUUAUUCCAUCGUAUAUUGAAAAAAUUAAAGUACAUAGUGGAUUAGAAAUUCAAUGUGGUACACGUGAUCCUGAAUUAAGAAAAUCUAUUCAAAGUUUCUCAUGGCGUAAAGAUGGAAUGACGUUGAAUGAGACCAGUGGUAUACUCGAAUUUUAUCCAUUAAAGACAGAUGAUCUUGGUGUUUAUAAAUGUCUCAUUACACUUGCAGACGGUAGAAAAUCUGAUGCACUAUUGACGGUACACGAAGAGCCAACUGAGCCUGACGGUGGAGAACCAGUAAAACCAGCAGUUCCUGGGACGGAACUUCGAGUUAUUGUUAGUCCUGAAACACUUCAAGUUCAAAUGGGACAAACAUAUACUAUCACAUGUACAGUUUACGGUGGUGGACCAGAUACAACUCUUUAUUGGAUACAAGAUGAACCAGAACGACGAUAUGCCGUACUCGAUCAUGAAGGUCCGGGAGAAAAACAAACAUCAAUGUCAUCAGUGGUUUUAACAUCUCGUAUAACAUUGAAUGAUCCAAGUAAAAUUGGAAAAUAUUCUUGUUCUGCGCAAGAUCCGGCUGGAAAUUAUGGCCAAGCACCAUUAACUAUACAGUUGGGAGGACAAGCGCCAUAUCAACCAGAAGUUGGUCCAGGACCAGGGCCAUAUUAUCCAUAUCAACCAGAAGUUGAUCCAGGACCAGGAACACCUUUUUUGUUUCUAAAUAUCUCUUCGAUUGAUUUUCUAUUAGCGCCUGGUGGCCGUCAUUUACGUAUCGUAACGCCUGUAAUGGCCGACGGUGAUUAUAUUGAAAUUCAAUGUGAAGGUGCAAGUCCUGACGAUGCUGGAAGUGUUCAAUGGUAUUUUAACGGAAGACAUCUAUCAACCGAUGAACAACCAUUGUUUCCUAGAGGACAUGUAUUACAUAUUCGACCAAUCUCUCAGCCAUAUUUAGGCAAUUAUCGUUGUACGGUACCCGGAAAAGAUUAUUCAGAUGGCAAUACUGUCAUACAAUUUGGAGGACCAUCUGCACCAGAGCCACCACGGCCGGAACAACCAAGACCAGAUUUUACUGUUUCAAUUGAUAUUGUGCAAGGACAAACAUAUGAUGGUCAAGUACCAGAGGGUACUCAUGUAAUUCUGCAAGCUAGACCAAGUCAACAGGCAGUACGUUAUCGAUGGACAUUCGCACCAGCUAGAAAUCCACAGUCAGGAACUGAUCGAGGGUAUAGCGAAAGAUUGGAACUUCCAAGAGCUAUUCCUGAUGACAGUGGGAUAUAUUCAGUCGAAGCAACGAGUAGUGACGGUCAAGUGGCGAGAAAUUCAGUUACCAUACAUGUUAUCGGUAGAAGCGUGCCUGUCACACCAGCACCUGUUCAACCGGGACGUUGUAGCAUAGAUGAAGCCACCUGUCGAAAUGGCCGAUGUAUUCCACGAGGUGCGCUUUGUAAUGGUGUCAACGAUUGUGGAGAUAAUUCUGAUGAACAAUGUGGAACAGCAGGCUCAGGUUCAUGUCAACCAAAUGAAAUAAGCUGUACAAAUCCAGGCCGUGGACGAAAAUGUGUACAAAAAUUUUGGAUGUGUGACGGCGAUCGAGAUUGUGAUGAUGGAAGUGAUGAAAAUCUUCGUUAUUGUGAAUUAUUACCUCGGCCACCAUUCUGUAAACAAAGUGAAUUUCAUUGCAAUGGUAGAAAUGGAACGUUGAAUCAGCCAGUUUGUAUUCCAAGAAGUUUCCACUGUGAUGGCUAUGUCGAUUGCCCAGAUAGAUCAGAUGAAGUCGGCUGUGUUAAACCUGUCGUUGUUGAAAGUCCUCAACGUGAAAUCCGCAUUAAUGUCGGUCAAACACUACGUAUUCAAUGUGCAGCACGUGGAACUCCUCCACCUUACAUUAACUGGCGUUUAAAUUGGGGUCAUGUGUGUGGUGAUAGUUCGGAUAAUGGUCGAUGUACAAUGACACAAGAAUUUGAUCCAAGGGAUCCAACUCGAGUCAUUGGUACAUUAAUAGUUGAAAGAGUGAAUUCUGGAGAUGGAGGUGCAUAUUCGUGUGAAGCAUUGAAUAGUCAAGGAUUUAUAUUUGCUAUACCUGAUGCCAUUGUCGACGUUAUCAUAGAUGAGCGACCAGUGGUAGUCCCAUGUUUCUGUAAUGGACACAGUACAACAUGUAAUCCCGAUGGAACGUGUCGAGAUUGUCGAGAUAAUACAUAUGGACCUCGAUGUGAAUACUGUAUACAGGGCUAUGAAGGCGACGCUCGCCGAGGUACACCGCAAGAUUGCUAUAUACGAUAUGAGCCGGCUCCACCGCCAGUUGUAGCCCGUUGUGAUCCCAGGGGUACCUACUUGGAAAGAAAUGGCCGUUGUAUAUGUAAAUACAAUGCUGAAGGAGAAAGAUGUGAUCAGUGUAAAAGAAAUAAUUUCUAUUUAAACCCUCUAACACCGAAUGGAUGCAUACCGUGCUUUUGCUCAGGAGUAUCAACAGAUUGUGUUGGAUCGGAUUGGCGACGUCGAGCGAAUCAAUUACCAUUACAAAAUUGGAAUGUUGUUCCCCGAAACUUUGCCACUGAUCGUUGGGAAGGUAGAAAUAAUAUUCAAACCCGAGACGGUGGCCGAGAACUGGCAUUGAAUUUACAAUCAACUAAUCGUCCAGCAGGUGAUACUCUCUACUGGAGUGCACCACGUGAAGCACUAGGCGAUUUAGUGACAUUGUACGAUGGAAAUAUCGAUAUUUAUUUUACGAAUGAUGGAACAGGGGCACCAAUAAGAGAUGAAUUUAUUUGGAUGAGAGGAAAUAAUAUUGAUCUCGUACAUAAAGUACCACCAGGUACAACUUUUCAACCAAAUGCAAAUUCAACUUACAGUGUACCGUGCAAUGAGAGAACGUUUACAAGGAAAGACGGUUCAUUGAUCGACCGAGAAAAUAUGCUUAUGGCGUUAUCAGAUUUGGAUACAUUUUUAGUUAAAGCCAAUACGGCCGCAGGACAACGAAAUGCUGUAUUACGAGGUGUUACGUUGAAUCCAGCCACACGUGAGGGAAAUGGUGAUGUUGCUCAAACAGUUGAAAUGUGUACAUGUCCAGCCAAUUACACUGGUUCUUCAUGUGAAAAAUGUUCUGAAGGCUACGGUCGUCCUCAUCCAUUAGUUGGCAUUUAUUUGGGUCAAUGCUGGAGUUGUCGAGCAUUAUGUCAUGAAAAAACCGAUAGAUGUGAUCGUGAAACAGGCAAAUGUAUUGGAUGUGAAGGAAAUAGUGAAGGUGAUAGAUGCGAACGCUGUCAAUCUGGCUAUGUUAUGCAGGGAAAUCAAUGUUUACUAUACCAACAAUAUGCUCCCCAACCGGCUCAACCAGCUCAACCAGCUCAACCCUUCUAUGGUGCAACGUACUAUGUCGAUGGUGCACCCUAUAGUACUCAACAAGGUCCAUUAAGAAUUCCAGUUGAAAGUGGAAGAGAUCGACCGGUUCAAUUUCAAGUUUCGAAUGUUCAACCAUUAUCGGUUGCAUGGGGUCGCACGGAUGGUGGACCACUACCUUAUGGAGUUACUCAAGAAGGAGAUAAUUUACUUAUAAGAAAUCCAAAUCCAUCCGUAGCAGGAAAUUAUAUAUGUACGGUUCGAUUACCCGACGGUACUAGCGAUCGUAUACCAAUUGUCGUAGAAUACCAACCAAAUGGUGAAACAAGACCUACAUAUCCCCACGCAGCUCAUCCUGUAUUUAGUCCACAAAGUCCACUAGACAUAGUCGAAGGUAAUCAAGCAGUUAUCAGACUCGAUCAACCAAAUGCUCGUGUACGAUGGCGAAAAGAUGGUCAAACAUCACUACCACAAAAUGUUUAUCAAGACGGAAAUAAUUUAAAUAUUCAACGUGCAUCGCCUGACACAGCUGGAACGUAUCUUUGCGAAGUUUAUUCAAACGGCGGAGCACCAACAAUUGUUCCAUAUGAAGUACGAGUUCGACCAGCCUCCUCUCAACCAAGUGUCAGUGAUGUAUUACUAAUUAUUUCAACUUAUUGGCUAGGUGGACCACCAAAAGUAUCAAUUCAACCAAAAGUAAUUAAUCUUAGAGAAGGUCAACGAAUGAUUGUACAAUAUACAGUUCAUUCCACUGAUGGAAUAAACGUGGAAUGGACAAAAUGGAAUGGUCAAGAACAUGUUAAAAUUCCAAAUAUGUUUCGUGUUGAACCAAAUCGUUUAAUAUUAGAUCGUGCUACGCAAGAUGCAGUUGGUGAUUAUCGUGUUCAAGUAUCAAAUCGUUUUGGAACCGAUAAACAAGAUCUUCGCAUUAAUGUUGCACCACGACGUAUGUCUAUAAUUAUCAAAUAUAUUUUUAAAUUAAUAUUUUUUCUUUUCGUUUUUAAAGCACAAUUACCUGGUGUACCAUCAGCUCCACAAGUAUCCAUUCAACCUGAAACAUAUGAAGUUCGUCAGGGUGAAACAAUAAAUAUAGUACCCAUUAUAAAUUCUCAGAGUAAGUAUAAUGUUGUUUGGCUUAAAGAUGGUUCAAGACAAUUACCAAAUGGUGUCUCCACUGAUCGUGAUUCAUUGGUUGUACAUGCGGAAGACGCUGAUGUAGAUGGUGAUUAUACAAUACAAGUAAUGAAUGAACAUGCAUCGGCAACAGCACCAGUCAAAAUCAGAUUUUCACCAUCUGGUACUUCAACUCAAGAUCAAUUUCAAGUCAGAAUUCAAGGGCCAAAAUCUGUACGCGUUAGACCUGGUCAAGAUGUACAGCUUAUAUGCGAAGUUACAGCCAAUCCACAACCAUAUGAACAAGUUCAAUUUACUUGGCAAAAACAGGGUGUAGAAAUUCCGAAUGGUUCAGAUGGUCGUUUAAUAUUGCGUAAUGUUGAAGAUCGUGAUCUUGGCAUUUAUAUUUGUACUGCAUCCAUUUCGGGACAAGUUGCCACAUCGGACAUGGUCACAUUAGGAUUAGAAAGUAGUCCAGUUCGUGUAUCACUUUCAUGGAAUAUACAUCAAAUUGAAUUGAAUGAAGGUCAACGAUUAGAAGCAUUAUGUCAAUUUACACCAAAUAUAAAUUCUCCAUCAUCAUUAUUACGUUUAAGUACUACAAAAAAUCGUUUACCAGUACAACAACCAUUGGGAUUACAAUUUAGUAACGGACUUCUUACCUUAUCAGCUGUAUCUAGACAAGAUGAUGGUUUAGAAUUAAAAUGUUCAGCCCCAUCUAUAUCCGGAUCACCAAGUGACACAUUAUAUAUUCGAGUUAGAGCAAAUGAUUAUCCGAACGAUGGCCGUUAUUAUCAACAACCAGAAAGUGAACGAAAUGGACUAACGGCUCGUUUCGAUUCAGUUGACCCAUCAAGUCAUCAAACAGGAAGAGAUAUUCGACUACAGUGUUCAGUUGAUGCUGAUAUUGAAAAACCGAUACGAUAUUCAUACACUAAAGAUGGAAGACCAUUAGUAGACAAUGUUGAAGUACAUCCAAAUGGUUUAUUGAUAAUAAAAGAUGCUCAAACAAGUGAUGCGGGAAGAUAUAUCUGUGAUGUAUAUUCUGAACGUACAGGUUCUUCAACAAAAGCAGUAUAUGAUCUUCAACUACAUGAUUAUAAUCACGGUGGUUAUUCACAACAAAAUACGGAACAAUCACAACAAAAUACAGAACAAUCACAACAAAAUAUUGAAGUAUCCGUAUCACCAAAAGAUGUGAAUAUCGUUUAUGGUGAGACAGGAAAUAUUACUUGUAUAGUAAAAGGUACAAAUAAUUACAAGUUAACAUGGGGAAAAUAUGCUCACGAUACAACAUUACCAAAUUAUGCAAAACAAGUUCAUAAUAGUGUAAUUAUAUCUCCACCGGCUGAUAGAGAUCUGAGUGAUGAAAUGAGUUAUUAUCAAUGCCAGGUUGAAAUACCAGGCGAAACACAGCCAAGACACGAUUAUGUUGUGGUUAACUUGACACAACCAAGAUUUGUUGCGCCUCAAAUAUCUAUCUAUCCGUCGAACAAUGUAAUACUCAAAUUUGGAGAAUAUACUCGUCUCACGUGUUCAGUUCGAAAUAUCGAUUCAUCGACAAGAAUAAUUUGGGAACGAGAAGAUGGACGUCCAUUAUUGCAAAGCAAUGGUGUUACGUUAGAACUUCGUUCAGUUACAAAAGCCGAUGUUGGAACGUACACGUGUCGUGCUAGUAAUAGAGGCGGUGAAAGUACAGCGCAAGCUAUCGUCAAAGUCCAAGGCGCAUUACCAACUGUUCGUAUUUUACCUGUUUCAAAUCAAGUGUUAAACGUUCAAGUCGGAUCUGUUUCCACAGUUAUUUGUCUAGGAGACGGAGAUCCUCUACCUCGUUUAAGUUGGCGAAAGCACAAUAGUUCGUAUGAAUAUUCUCAAAACUCAUGGUUAAACAACAACGAGGGACUUCGUUUAUUUCCGCAAAUGGUCAUGUUUGAUCAGAGUCAUCGUGGCGUUUACUCUUGUGCUGGUACAAAUAUCUAUGGCACAGCACAUGAAAGUUUUACAUUGGAAGUUCUACCAGUUCAUAUCCCGACUGCUUACCAACCAACUAUCAAAAUUUAUCCUCCGAAUGUACAAAUAACAUCUGGCUCUAAUAUUGAAAUAUAUUGUCGAGUUGAUGGUACCAGAGUAUUACAAUAUCUUUGGAGUCGUAAUGGUGAAAAUCUGCUUAGUAAUAUUAAUACAAGAGACGCCCUAAUGAACAUUCAAAAUGCUAGUGUUGAAAAUAGUGGCUAUUAUACGUGUAUAGCACUCACAGAGCAAGGAAAAUUAGAAAAAGAACUAAUGAUCAACAUUCAGCCGAGUCCGUUUGUGCAAAUCACUCCUACAUCAAGUAGUCCAAUAAUAAUCGAUAUUCAACCAAAAGGUAUAAUUCGUUAUGGUACACAUCUUCAAUUACAUUGCAUUUUACCCAACGCAAAUUCGAUAUGGUGGACAGAUGAAGGUGGGAGCACAAAAGGAUUUGAGCAACAUGGAAAUACAUUAAUAUUAAUCCUUGAGCCACAUCAUAUUGGAAACAAGUACAUUUGCAAUGUAAGAGAUAAAGAUAAUCGACAUUGGUCAAAAGUUGUUCACAUUCAUAAGAGUAAUAAUGAUGAAGGUGUUCAAACAACACAAUUUACGACGUCAAAUACUAUUGAAGAAAAUGCAAGAAUACUUGAAACAGCGACACCAAAUGUAGUCCGACCUCUGUUAGUUCAACUACAUCCACUUCCGGGUUCAGUAUUUAAUGUUGGUAAAACAAUCAAAAUUGGAUGUCGAUCAUCGGAUCCUACUGCCAGUAUUAGUUGGUCUCGUGUUAAUGGCAAACAAUUUUCUCGCUUUACUCGUCCACAUCAAGCCAACUUACGAUUUCAAAAAUAUACGAGUGAUGAUUCGGGUACUUAUGUCUGUCGUGCAAGAAAUCAACGAUAUAGUAUCGAAAAACGAUUGUCAAUAAAUAUCGAGCCAGAUGGUAAAACAGUGAAAGUGUUCUAUGGAGAUACACCAAUGAGUGUAUCUCCUGGUAGUCCAAAUAUAAAUAUUACCUUUUUAACACCUCAGUCACAGUUACGAGUAGGAGGAAUUAUUGAUGUUGAAUGCGUCGUAUCUGGAACCGAUAAUACAAUACCCAUAAAAUGGUCACACGAAUUAAAUAAAAUGUCAAAUAAUGUUGAAGUGACAGGCUCUCGUUUACGUAUCAAUCGUUUUCAAUCACACAAUUUGGGCACCUACGUUUGUCAAGUACAAACAUCAGUAGGAAAUUUGACUCGUUCACUUCAUUUUCUUCCUGAAGAUAUUAGUGGUAUUGAUUCAAAAGCAGUUAAACCAACUCUUUCAUUUCAAUUUUUAUCAUCUCGUGCUGAUUUUCAAAAUGGAGGACGAAUCAUUGUUGAAUGCAUUUCAUCAGAUCAAGCAGCAAAAAUAAAUUGGAACAAAACAAAUAGUUUACCGUCAAAAAGUGUUGUAUUCAAUGAUCGCUUUCUUAUUAUUGAUCCGUUUAGUGAAAAAGAUUUGGGUGUAUAUCAAUGUAAAGGAAGAAAUGUACAUGGAAGCACAACUAAAACACUCGAUCUUACUCGACUUGAUUUCAAUAAACAAUUGUUACCAACAAGUAGCGAUUCAGAUAUUCAUGCUCCAGUUAUUCAAUUAAUAUUUAAUCCAAAUAAUAGUUAUCGUGUUGAUGGUACAGUUCAUGUUAAAUGUAUAACACCAGAUAAAACUACAACAGUGACAUGGAAUCGUGGUUCUGAUGCAAAAUUUUCCUACGAUACUUCGGUUACAGAUGGGAAUUUACUUAUUCAAAGAUUAAAUAAAUAUGAUCUUGGUGUAUAUACAUGUAUGGGAUCAAAUCCACAUGGUACAUCGUAUAAAUCAUUUGAAUUAAUUGCUCAAGAUGAUCAUAUGAGAAUAACAAAUGAGCAAAAUGGAACAAUGCCUGAUGUAACACAAAACGAUGGUGUAUCAAAAAUACAUUUUGAAUUUCAAUCACCAUUACGAGAAUUAAAAUUAGGUGGAAAUGUAAUAGUCAACUGUUAUUUAGAUCAAAAUGCGAAUGAUACAUCUUUAUCUUGGUCAUUAGUAUCUGAACUAGAUCAAAAAUAUCUUUCACUACCAAACAAUGUCUAUACCGAUCGAUCACGUUUGAGUUUUCGAAAUUUUUCCACUAAACAUUUUGGUAGUUAUCAAUGUGAAGCUCAAUUAUCAAAUGGUAAUCGAAUACAGAAAAUAUUGAAAUUUGAUGCAAAAACUUUUUCAGCUAUACGCAAUGAGAAAUAUGGAAAAAGUCAAAGACCACGUCUAAGAUUUAAUACAUCAUUUAUCGAUGUACGUGGUAAAAAACAAUUGGGUGAGAAUAUUGUAAUGAUUUGCAGAAUUGGAAAAGAUACACCUAUUGGAAAAAUUGAAUGGAAAAAACUAAACGACAUAGUAUCAGUAAAGGUUCAACAAAAAGGUGCACGUUUAGAAUUUAAAUCGUUCACAUUUGAACAUCAUGGUGUCUACAUUUGUCGUAUUAAAUCUCCUCAAACAACGCGAACAAUUCAAAUAGAUACACGAAACAUUAUUGUGGAUAAUCCGAAAAAAAAACCCAACUUAACUUUAUCAACAGAUCCUAAUACGGGAGUUCGUCUCGGUGAUGAUUUGAAGUUAAUUUGUACAAAAGUUGAAGGAGAAACAGUUAGAUGGAUGAAGAUUAAUUUAGAUGGUCAACAAAGAUCAUUAGAUAAAUGGAUCUAUAUGUCAAAUAGUAGUAGUGAAACUUUACUUAUUCCAAAUAUUGAUGAAAAUGAUUAUGGAACUUAUACAUGUCAAGCAUCAAACAAUUUUGGACAAUCGAGUGUGAAUUAUACCAUUGAUAAAACAACAAUGACCGAAAAACAAAUAUCUCCACCCAAUGUACGCAUCGAAAUUUUGACACCAAUAGAAGAUAUUGAUAUUGGACGAAAUUUACAACUCAAGUGUAUAUCGGACAACACUCGAUCCAAAUAUAAAUGGUAUGCACCAAAUGAAAGAAAUGUAUUUUCAACACAAACUCUGCUAAGUUUAAAACCAUUUAAAAAACAAGACAUUGGUACAUGGACUUGUAAAGUAUCAAUACUUUCUUCUCAUGAAAUAUACACAGCAUCAGUUUUAUUACCACCACCAUCAAAAAUUCUUGGUGAUCAUGAAUCAUUUGUUACGAUUAAAACGUAUCCCGAUCUAAAUUUGAUCUAUAUUGGCACUAAUUAUGUAACGAUAGCGUGUUUGACAAAUUUAUAUAUUGGAGAAUUAAAGUUUAAUAAUUCAGCUCAAAUGCCAAAUAAUGUAAAGCGUAUUGGUACACAUUUAAUUGUUAUUGAAAAAUUUGCAGAAAAAAAUGUAGGUGUUUAUGAAUGUUCAACAUGGAGGCAAACUCGAAAAGCCAUUGUUCGAAUAAAUAAAAGAAUUUUAUCGACAUAUCGUAAAAUCAUAACGUCUACAACAAAUAAGACACCAUUAUUUCCGUCAAUAGAAAUCGAAUGGUUACAUCCAAAAGCUUCUAAACCAUUAUCAACAAAAGAAAAUUAUCAAUUAUUUUCAAAAAUAAUUUCAUUACGAUGUAUUCCACUUGAUGAUAAGUAUGAGUUAAACGAACACAACUUUGUAUGGACACGUGAUUUUGAUUCAAAUUUUGUAUAUUAUGGACAGAAUUUAUCAAUUACAUUUGAUAAACGAUCUACAUUUGAUCGUUAUACAUGUACAUUUACUGCUGAAAAUCGAAAUGUAAAAAUUAACAAAACGAUUGAUUUAUCUUAUAUUCCACCAAAAUUAAAUGUCGCAGUUGAUCUAGUUAAAUUCAUCGAACCACAUGAACGGCAGAAUUUGAAUGGAAAACAUGUUAUAUUAGAAGGAAUCAAAAGUGAUGGUUAG